AUGGUUGCUUACAGGUACCACCAGUACCAGGUCGUUGGGCGAGCUCUGCCGACGGAGAACGAUGAGCACCCGAAGAUCUAUAGGAUGAAGCUCUGGAAUACGAAUGAGGUUCGCGCCAAGUCCAAGUUCUGGUACUUCUUGAGGAAGCUGAAGAAGGUCAAGAAAAGCAACGGGCAGAUUCUUGCUAUCAACGAGAUCUUCGAGAAGAACCCCACGAAGAUCAACAACUAUGGCAUUUGGCUGCGCUACCAAAGCAGGACAGGUUACCACAACAUGUACAAGGAAUUCCGUGACACCACUCUGAAUGGUGCUGUGGAACAGAUGUACAGCGAGAUGGCUUCUCGCCACAGGGUCAGAUCCCCUUGCAUCCAGCUCAUCAAGACCGCAACCAUCCCCGCUAAGCUGUGCAAGAGGGAGAGCACCAAGCAGUUCCACAACUCCAAGAUCAAGUUCCCCUUGGUGUUCAAGAAGGUUAGACCACCAACCAGAAAGCUGAAGACCACAUACAAGGCAUCCAGACCCAACUUAUUUGUCUAA